ACCUAUAUAUAUAUAGCACAAAAACCCCUAACCCUUCUCUGUUUUCACUUCCGCAGGCCAAGAUGUCGAAGCGAGGUCGUGGAGGAUCGGCCGGAAACAAGUUCCGGAUGUCGCUGGGUCUUCCAGUGGCAGCGACGGUGAACUGUGCCGAUAACACCGGGGCGAAGAACCUUUACAUCAUAUCGGUGAAGGGGAUCAAAGGUCGCCUGAACAGGUUGCCUUCGGCUUGUGUGGGCGAUAUGGUGAUGGCUACUGUCAAGAAAGGGAAGCCUGAUCUCCGGAAGAAGGUCAUGCCCGCCGUCAUCGUCCGGCAACGCAAGCCGUGGCGCCGAAAGGAUGGCGUCUUCAUGUACUUUGAAGACAAUGCUGGUGUCAUCGUGAACCCAAAGGGAGAAAUGAAAGGUUCGGCUAUCACUGGUCCAAUUGGUAAGGAGUGUGCUGAUUUGUGGCCCAGGAUUGCCAGCGCAGCAAAUGCCAUUGUUUAAGAACUUUGAUUACCGUACAUUUUGAUUAAUUUGGUUGGGAUGUUGCUUUAUUUUUAAAUUUUGUUAGGAAAACAGGAAAGUACUUUGUUUCAAAGAGUUUGGUUUAAGGUGUACUAUGGUUGAAUGAGUUAUGUUUUCGAUAACACCACAGCCUAUGUGAUUUCUCUGCGAUUCUGGUUUAUUUUGUUAUUUUCUUGGCAAAUCGGGGUUAUGUGGAUUGUAUGAUCAAGUUAUAUGUUUGAUAGUCUGCAUUGCUUUGAUGGA